AAAACGAGUCGGCCUCGGCCUCUUCACGAUAUCAUGAGCGACAACUCAACAUUCGCCUCAAGCGUGACAGCUUUGGAAGGGCUGAACAUACGCGAAGCCGAGCCAGAGUCCAGAAAGCCAUACCGAUACCAGCCGCUCCCGACACUGACGUCCAUCAGAGUGCUGAAGCUUAGAGGGAGAGACGAGGAUGGAACACCACAAGUGACGCUGGACGUUGUCGACCUGGACCAUGACCCCUUCUUCUACGCCCUGUCGUACACCUGGGGCAACCCUCACGCCAGUGGAGUUGACUUCACGGCGCACUUCAAUGCCGUCAACGCCGAGUACAGCGUGGCCCAAACCACGGCUGUUCUUUGUGAUGGAAAGCUGCUGAGAGUGCAAAGGAACUUACUCGAUGUCCUGGGCGAACUUCAGCAGCUCCAGACUGCGGCUCGAGGGCAUGAUCAAGUUGAACAUGCAGCCUCCGAAACAAAUUCCCCAAUCAACAUUGCAGACGGCGAACUGGUCAUCUGGAUCGACGCGAUCUGCAUCAACCAAAACGACAUGGAGGAGCGAGCGCUGCAAGUCAGAAUCAUGGAUAAGGUCUACUCGAAAGCUGCAUACACCAUCAUCUGGCUAGGCCGCUCCGAUGAGUACACGGCUGCCGCGGUCCAGACAAUCAGAAGAGUGUCAGCCUACCCGAGAAACGUCUUUGCCCAGAGCGAAGUGAUCCCUUUCCGGGGCCAGGACCCGGACGUCUACGCCAAAAGCAACCUCCAGUACACGGACUGGAUGGACUGGUGCAGUCUGGCUGCCCUCCUCAAGCGGCAGUGGUUUUCGCGCCUGUGGAUCAUACAGGAAACCAUCCUCUCGCGGAAUCUCGUCCUGCUCUGCGGCAAGCACCUGUUCUCGUGGACGACCCUCGUGAAGGCUGCCCGCAAUAUCGAUGCCCGUUGUCGGGUACUGGGAUGGAGCCCAAGCACCGUGUUCAUUGAUAUCCACGAGAUCGCCGUGCCCCUCGAGAACAAUGUGCUGAGCCUGGCCGAGUGGAGGGACCACCUCCAGACGACCAACACACAAGAACCCUCCGACGCGUUGCGCUUCACCCUCGAAGAGCUCGUCUACGCCACGUGGGUGUUCAAGUCAACCGACCCGCGCGACAAGAUCUACGGCAUCCUGGGGCUCGUCGACGACCAAGUGCGCGCGGCCUGGGACAUUGACUACCACAGCCCCCCCAUCCAAGUCUUUGCCGCCGCCACCCGUCGCCUCAUCGAGCACAGCGGGUCCCUCAAGAUUUUCUCGUGCGUGCAGGACGCGUCCAAGCGCACCAUUGACACGUACCCGUCCUGGGUGCCCGACUACAGCCUGCCCUACUUCAACAUGAUGUGCAAUGGCGGCUCGUUCGCGGCCGCCGGCAAGCUAACACACCAACCCCCGCAACUCGUCCCCUCCUCCCCAUCAUGGUCCCGCCUGCGGGUGCGAGGCCACAUCUUCGACACCAUCGUCGAGACGGGCAACGACAGGACAGACCACGUAAACAGCGCCGUGCUGCUGGACCCGUCGUGGUUCGAGCUGGCGCUACUCCUCAAGACACCCUACCCGGGUACCACACCAAAGCAGCGGCGCACCGAAGUCCUCUGGCGCACGCUCUGCGCCGACCAGGACGCCACCUCGACCGUCAGCCCGGCGCCCGCCCGGUUCGGCGCCCUGUUCAAGGAGUUUGUCUGCGCCAUGGUGGUGGUGCGGGCCGAGCUCGAGGCGGAAGAGGUCGCCGCCUACCCGGACUCGGCGGCGCCGGACUGUGCGACCUCAUUUGCGCAUGCGAUGCGGAGAGCCAAAGAUAUUUGGGCCGAGGUCGGCUGGGAUCGGCGCGGUCCUGAAUAUAUCAGGGACAAGACCAACUCUAAGCGGUUCCUUGCCCGGCCCGAGUUUGGGUGGCUGGUGCAUACCCUGAUCAAGCUGCAGGCGUUGGCGUUGACCGAGGAGGGCGGGGAGGAGGCGGAUACGCCGAGCUGGGAGGAGUUGGAGCGGUUCGUUGAGAAGCCGAGCUGGGUCAUGAGGGUGAAGAGGGGGGAGGAGAGGAAGUUGGUGCAGCCCAACGAUGCUGCGUUUAUGAAUUCGUUCAAACGACGGUAUGUGAAGAGGAAGCUGUUCUACACCAGGAAAGGCUAUCUCGGCCUUGGUCCUGCGUCGGCUGCCGUGGGCGACAUCGUGUGUAUUCUGCCCGGGGCGGUUGCCCCAUUUGUGUGUCGGGAGGAUCACGACGGCGGUGUCGAGCUGGAGGACUGUAGCAGUGCCACCAUGGAUUUGGAAGUCCAGGAGGAAAGGCCGGUGGAGAGGCUGAGGCUUGUCGGCGAAUGCUACGUCCAUGGGAUUAUGCAGGGCGAGGCUCUUGACUUAGAAGAUUUUGGACUGAAGGACAUUGAAUUUGUCUAGUUUCGUACCAAACGGGAGGUUUAAGUAUUGGGCCAGACGAGCUGCUGUUAACAGGGAUUUCGGUAGCUUUCACCAAGCCCGCCUCCGAGCAAACGAGUGUUGAGACGGUCGUUCUCGGGAAGCCACUGCAGGAAGAAGCUGGAGUUGCGUGUAAGCAAACUUCCUGAUUGGCUUGCUUGCCAAGACUUGCCCAUUACAGGUCAUUGACG